GCUGCGAAGCUGCGGCCCGACUUUGCACGAGGCUACCUGGGCCUUGCGAGGGCGCUGCGCCUCCUGAAGCAGCCGGCAGACGCCAAGCAUGCGGUACUCCAUGGCCUUGAGCACUGCGCUGACGACGGGGCGCUCCUGCAAGAGCUCCAGAAGAUCGACAAGGAGCUCGAGAAGCAAACCAUCGUCGAAGAGGAGCAGGAGGCUCCCGCAGCUGCGGUGGAGCCGGCAGCUCCCGCUGCAGCGGCGCCGGCCAUGACCUGGAAGCCGAAGGUCGCUAAGCCUGCCUUGGUGAUGCUGAUGGGCCUCCCCGGUUGCGGCAAGAGCACCUUCGCCGAUCAGCUUGUGAAGUCGGGCGGUGGCUGGCACCGCAUCUGCCAAGACGAGCUCUCUGGCCGGGACGAGUUCGAGAGAAGUAUCGGUCCCAUCGCGAAGGAUAGCCGUCAGCGCCUGAUCCUGGAUCGAACUAACGUGGUCAAGAGCGACCGCCAGUGCUUCCUCAGCCUCGCCUUCAAGCCGAAGUCAGCAGUCUGCGUGCAUUUCACCGCCAGUGCCGGAGAGUGCGAGGAGCGCGUGGCGAAGCGGACCGAUCACCCCACCAUCCGCUAUGGCGGCGGUCGCGGUGCAGUCCGGGGGAUGGCAGAUGCUUUGCAGCUGCCCACACUGGCGGAAGGCUUCGAGGAGAUCAUCACCAUCCAGAACUUUGCAGAAGCCGACCAUCUUCUGAAAUGCUGGGGUGCGGAGCCUCCAAAAGUCAGCCCAGUGGGCUUCUUCAAGUUUCCGACCACGCCCCACGUCUUCGACCUCACCGACGGGAAGGCCCUCACCGAAAGCGACCGCCUGCUGAGUGAGAAGGAAGCGCAGCAGUUCUACGAUGGCAAGACUGUCAUCAUCGUGGAGGAGAAGAUCGAUGGGGCCAACCUGGGCAUCUCCCUCACGGAGAGCUACGAGCCCUUGUAUCAGAAUCGCGCCCACUACGUGUCCAGCAGCUACGCCACGCAGUGGAAGGCUUUAGAUGCCUGGUGGGACGAACACGGCUGGGCGAUAUGUCAACUUCUGGAGCCCGAGGUCGAAGUUCUCUUUGGGGAGUGGCUGUGGGCGCGGCACAGCGUUGCCUACACAAAGCUGCCGGCGUAUUUUGUGGCCUUCGACAUCUACAACAAGCGGGCAGGCCGCUUUGUCAGCGUGCGGGAACGAAAUCGCCGGCUGGAGGGCUUGGACAUCCCGGUUGUGCCACACAUCGCGCAGCGCACCUUCGCGAGCAAGGAAGCCCUGCAGGCCUUCCUUGAGCAAGGCUCUGCCUUCUCGGACGGCCCGCUGGAGGGUGUCUACUUGCGCAUAGUCGCCGGUCUGGAUUCAGGGACCCGGGUUCUGGGAGAUCAGUGGGAGUGGAAGAUAUUUGGACUCCGGCUGGCUUAG